GAAUGGCACGAAAGUAUGUACCACAUACGACAGAGCUUUGUGAAAACUCCCUAAAAAAGUUUAAGUCACUGGUAGGGACUGUGGAUAAGCUUCUCAUCAUCACUGGAGCAGGAAUUUCUACAGAAUCAGGAAUACCAGAUUAUCGAUCGAAAGAUGUCGGAUUGUACACAAAGACUGCACUUGAACCAAUUUAUUUCCAGGAUUUUAUGAAAUCAAAGAAAUGUAGGCAGAGAUACUGGUCUCGUAGCUACUUGAAUUGGCCAAGAUUUGCUCAAGCUUUACCUAACUUCAAUCAUUACGCCUUAUCAAAAUGGGAAGCUGCUAACAAAUUUCAUUGGUUGAUCACACAAAAUGUGGAUGGACUUCACUUAAAAGCGGGCUCGAAAAUGAUAACGGAACUUCAUGGCAACGCUCUUCAAGUAAAAUGCACAUCAUGUGAAUACAUCGAGACAAGACAAACGUAUCAAGACCGCCUGAAUUAUGCAAAUCCUGGCUUCAAAGAGCAGUUUGUAUCUCCUGGACAGCAAGAGCUAGAUGCUGACACUGCCUUGCCGUUGGGUAGCGAACAAGGGUUCAAGAUUCCCGAGUGUUUAAAUUGUGGGGGACUUAUGAAGACAGAUGUAACGUUGUUUGGGGAGAACCUAAACACUGACAAAAUUAAAGUUUGUGGCAAGAAGGUGAAUGAAUGCAAUGGAGUUUUAACACUUGGGACAUCGUUGGAAGUGCUUUCCGGAUAUCAGAUUGUCAAUCAUGCCCAUAUGCAAAACAAACCAAUUUUCAUCGUGAACAUUGGACCUACUAGAGCUGAUCAGAUGGCAACAAUGAAGUUAGACUACAGAAUUUCGGAUGUUUUGAAAGAAAUGUAAAGCAAGAUGUGUGGUUUUUUAAUUUUUAAGUUCUCAUGUUCUCAUGUUCUCAUGAUUUAUAAGGGUGUUCACCGUUUUCCAUUUAAUUGAAAAUUAUUAUUUUUGAUUAUGUUCUAGAGAAAGUUAACAAUACAAUAAACGAUAUGUACAUGUUGAA